AUGGCUAAAAAAUACCUCCUCCUUCAUCUCCCUACUCCUCUUGAUGAUCCUCAAUGUGGCUGCGGCCCUUCCCAUCCCCAGGCCCGGCCCCGAUGGCAACUAUACCGUGAGGCCAGAGGACUUGGCAAAUUCUGCCAAGCCCUUCAAAAGCGUGCCCAGACCAAAGUCUUUGGCAUCACACUUGUUGUGAUGCAGUUUGUUAGGGAGUUGGUCACCGUGCAUAACUGGUGGGCCGACAGGCAGGCCGAGAAGGCCAAGAGUGAAGGCGACCUGACAAAGCCCGCGACAAGGGUAGAGGUGUCGCAGGUUAAAGAGGACCUCCAGGCGAUGAGAGGCUCACGAUGCUCAGUGAGCAGACCUCCUGAGGUCGGGACCAUGCUGAUUAUAUAA